ACCAACUUGAUAUAUAUCAGAAGAGUCGACUCACAAUCAGGCCACGGGAGCAAGCAUGCUCAGAAGGAUGGCCUCUUCCGCCGCAACAUUCAAACGGCUCGUUCGUUUCGUCCCCAGAUCAGACUCGUCCAAGAUCCUCAUUGGACAGCCUCAAGACGACAAUGUCGACGUCGGAAUUGCUUUGCGCAAGGGUCAAGACGUCCCGGUCAAUGUAUUCUCGGGGUCCUCGGUGUUGUCCCCUGGUCAGGACACCGGCAAGAGCGCCAUCAUUGAUCGGGUCCUGUCUCCCCUGAGCAUGUCUGAGGUUGGCACUAUUCGAUGUAUCGGAUUGAACUACAAACAACACGCCGCCGAAGUCAACAUGUCUCUACCCACAGUCCCGACCGUUUUCAUGAAACCCAACACAUCUCUCGGCGACCCGUGGCCCGCGCCGACCGUUCUUCCCAAAAUUACCCAAACCGACGACUGUGGGGACUACGAGUCUGAGCUUGCCGUCGUCCUAGGCAAGACGGCCAAGAACGUCUCCGAAUCGGACGCGAUGGACUACGUGCUGGGUUAUACGGCGUGCAACGACAUCUCCAGCCGAACGAGCCAGUUCGCGCAAAGUCAGUGGAGCUUUUCCAAGGGUUUUGACGGCGCCUGUCCUAUAGGUCCGACACUCGUGUCGCCGAGUUUGAUCUCAGACCCAUCGAAACUGCAUGUCCGAGGUCUGAAGAACGGCGAUGUCUUGCAGGACUGUGGCACGGACGAUCUGAUCUUCUCGAUACCGAAAUUGAUUAGCUGCUUGUCGCAAGGUACGACGUUGCCAGCGGGGACAUUGAUCAUUACGGGCACGCCGGCCGGUGUGGGAAUUGUAAGGAAGCCGAAGGUUACGAUCAAGGAGGGCGAUGAGUUCCACGUGGAGAUUUUGCCGCAUAUUGGGACUUUAGUCAAUGUCUUUGAGAAUGAAAAAUGAUGGCGGUUUCGCCAUGUUUGAGAUGGAGGAAUGGAAAAGGAAUCUAGCGUCAUAAAAGCCUAGCCCAGAUGGCUCUGGAUGAUAUGGUUGAGCAUAUAAAGAGCUGGCACCCGGUCCGACUGGCUUGGAGAGAAAUCCAGCAUAACUAGGUAUACACUCACUCGCAAGUGUACGCCUAUACUAACAUGUCCUGGAUCUGGAAGCUCUUUGCUUCUCAACUAGACAGACACUGAAAAAUGCUAUCCUACAGUCUCAUGACCUGCGUCAUGACAACAAC